AUGGAUCGUUGGCAGAAUAAAGUAGCUGUGGUGACCGGAGCAUGUUCCGGAAUUGGUCAAGCUGUGGCCAAAGAUCUCUUGAAGGCUGGAAUGAAAGUUAUUGGUUUAGACAUUAAAGCAAAUAAAAAUGAGCAAUGUACUAUUGGUGAGUUCUAUCUAAAAGCUUGUGAUAUUUCUAAAGAAGAUGAGGUAAUUGAGUCAUUCAAAUGGCUUAGAGAAACUUUUGGUGGCGUUGAUGUUUUAGUGAAUUGUGCUGGAAUAGUCAGAAAAAAUAUGUUAACAAAUCCUGGAAAUGCAGAAGACUUGCGAAAAGUCUUAGACAUCAAUGUAUUAGGACUAUGCUUCUGCACCAGAGAAGCUUUUAAUUCUAUGAAAGAGCGCGACGUUGCUGGUCACAUAAUUCAUAUCAACAGUUUAUAUGGACAUUCGAUUUCUGCUAAUCAUAAUACACCACCUACAAUGAAUAUGUAUCCAGCAUCAAAAUACUGUGUUACUGCUUUAACUGAAUUACUUCGACAAGAAAUGAUGUAUCUUCAAAGCAAGACAAAAGUCACGCCGAUGUUAAAUAAUUUUUAA